CCAAUCGCAAACACACUCUCUCUCUCCCAAAUCUCUGGGAAUUCUGGCAGCCGUCUGCAGCCUCAGAUGGGGGAAAUCUCAAGCCCGAUUUCGAAGCAAAGAGCUCCAUUUUCUCCGAUUAAGAGCCCUCUCUUCUCCAACGACGACAAGCUGGAGCGAGCUCAGGCGCGUGCAGCACGCGCCGCCGCAAUCCGCCGCAAGCCCACCGUCGUGUCCACCUCCUCCUCUCCUGAUACCGAAUCCUGCCUCGGGAAAGAGCAGAUCCUCGACUUGUUCCAUAACUGCAUCAAACUCGCCAGCGAAAAUAAAAUCAAUCAGAAGAAUACGUGGGAGCUUAAAUUGAUAGAUCAUCUCUGCGAGAUUAUAACGGUCGAAGACGAUGAUGGUGAUACUGAAACCAAUUUUCAGAAGGCUAGUUGUACACUUGAAGCUGGGGUUAAGAUUUAUUCAAUGAGAGUAGAUUCCGUGCAUUCUGAGGCAUAUAAAGUUCUUGGAGGAAUUAAUCGAGUUGGGCUAGAAGAUGAAAAAGAUGGUGCUGUUGAGGAUGGCAAUGUCACUGCUGAAAAAGGGGAAGAUGAUGUGAAGAAAGAGCAAGGGAGAAAGUUGUCACCUUUGUCAACACUGGAGCCAUCUUUUGCCUCCAUAAAUGUAAAAAAAUUUGAUGUUGCAUUUGCGGUGGAUCCGCUCUACCAUCAAACAUCAGCACAAUUUGAUGAAGGUGGAGCAAAGGGUCUGUUGCUGAACAAUCUUGGAGUUUAUGGUAACUGCCAGGUCCUUUUUGAUUCAUUGGAAGUACCUGGAAAGUGUUCAUCUCCCGUGGCUCGAGAUGCGGGUGCUGAGAUAAUUGAUCUGUCUUUUGCUAGUGAAUGCAUUGAGCAGAUGGUGUCGGAUAUGCUCAAGAGUUCUGAAAUAUCUCCCAGCCUUGGGGCUAUCGUAAAUCAAUUGGAAACAGAUGACCCAAGAAAUUCUCAAUCAUUUUCUCCUGGGCAUGUUAAUGAAAGUCCCGACAGGGAUGAUGAUGUAUCUACCGACACAUUUGGGGACUACGGAGCUUGGGAUGAUGAUCAUGAUGAUCAAUCAAGUGUGAUAGAUGAGGAGGCUAUUCAUAAUCACGAUACAACGUUCCCAAGCCAGCAUGAAGUUCCUUAUGCGCGUGACGAACAGUCAUAUGCUUAUGACCCCGAUGAGGAUGACAGAACUGAUGAAGUUGAUGGCUAUUUGUUUUUAAGUUUGGGAUUUUCAACCAAGCAAAAUGCUUGGGCAGGUCCCAAUCAUUGGAAAUUCCGGAAAUCAAAAGAACCUGAGGUUCCAGCUGAGGAAAGUGGAUCACCAAAGGCGAAGAAAACGAAAACCAAGAAAGCAGAUCUGGAUAUUGAUUUUUCAAACAGUAUUGACACUGAUAUUUCGCAAUUAAUUGCUCCUCCAAAGAAUCCCAAGUCCCUAUUACUUCCAGCAAAUAGAGCACCUUGCAACACCAGACUUCCUGAAGAUUGUCAUUACCAACCAGAGGAUCUCGUGAAGCUGUUUUUGCUACCCCAUGUUUUGUGCCUCGGAAAGAAUAGAAAGAAGAAAACUGAUAAUGAAAAUCAACAAAGAGAUGGGUUUGAAGGAAUGCCAACUUGGGAUGAUGGAGAUGAUUUCGGUGGCGGCAUGGAUGAUGGACAUGGUUAUAGUGAUGCCGAAGAGCCAACAAGCACCCUUGUUUCUCAACCUCGACAGGUGAGCAAGGUUGAGGUCCAGUAUGAUAAGACUUCGAAACAAGUAGAUGUUCAUGCGCUAAAGGAAACGCUAUGGGGCCAUAUUCAACUGAAUCAAAGCCCAGCUGAGGAAGAGGCACGGAGCGAAGAGCCUAUCUCCUUCAAGCAAGUCUUGGCCAAUUUCCCAGAUAGCUGCAGAGCAGCAGCAUCUGUUAAUGACAUCUCAACACAUUUGUGCUUCAUAUGCCUUUUACAUCUAGCGAACGAGCAUGAGCUGCAGAUCCUCGGCUCCCCCACCUUGGACGACCUCAGCAUACACCUCAAACCCCAAAACUAGCUCACACGAUUUGACUUUUGAGGUAACCUCGAAGCUCCACCUAGUUAGCGUUGCUGCAUUGUGCGUGUUGUGUGGAGUUCUCGUUGUUGGAUAUUGGCGUAACCUCACGGAUAACAAGACAUAUGGGUAGUUUUAGUCUUGUAUUAUUGUCCAUCGAAGGCAUUAUAAUUUGAUCAGGAGCAAGAGUGUUUGCCUCUGAUGUUUGUGUUUUAUUGUGUUAUCUAAAAAAAAAAGCUUUUUAUGUAAGUAUAAUUUGUGAAUGCUCCGUUUCAAAUUUCAA